GGCACUUGGCAACACUGACCACUUGCAAGAAGCAGCACGCGCCGCAGAAUUUUGCCAAUAAUUUUCGCAACUGCCCUCCGCUAAUUAAAGAGGAAGAGGGCAAUGGCUAUGGCAACUGGAGCGGCGGCUACGGUGGACCAGCUGGUGGCGGAGACCCUGCAAGCGGCCACCAACCCGAGUCCCGAGAUAGUCCAAAAGGCGGAGGCCCAGCUUCGCGAGUGGGAGCAGCAACCGGGUUUUUUCCCAACCAUAGCUCGGUUGAGCAUGCGGCGACAGUCGCGUAGUGAGGCGGACGCUGCUUCCGACGCUGAGGUCAAGGUGCGCUGGAUGGCAGCAGUCUACCUUAAGAAUGGAGUGGAGCGCUACUGGAGACCCAACUCACGGCAGGAGCUGCCGGCGGAGCAAAAGCAGCAGAUUCGCGACGUACUGAUCCAGCAUUACGAUGCGGAGGAAGUGCCCCAAGUGGCGCUUCAGGUUGCAGUGCUGCUGGGCCGUCUAGCCCGCACAGAUUAUCCCCGCUUCUGGCCGGAUUUGUUGCCGACUCUAAUAAAACAGCUUCAAACCUGCCGCACCGAGGCGGACUCUGGAGCGGAAUGCGCGCUCCAACAACGCAUUCUUGUUGUGCUGCAUUACGUACUGAAGGCACUGGCCUCUCGCCGCCUGAUGGCCGAGCAAAGGGCCUUUGAAGAAGUGGGUUCCCAGAUCUUCAGCUACUUGGCUUGGGAUAUUUGGUCUCCAUUGACCGCUCGCUUCCUCCAGUUUGUACGAAAAGAAGAGUCCGUUGCUCUCAGUGCACUCCAACGGAGCUAUGUGGUGAUGAGAUCACUGCGAAAGCUAGUAGUCUAUGGCUGUGCCAAGCCGUACAAGUCUACAGACCACAUGAACUUUAUAGAACAACUCUUUCAACGACUACGGCAGUGCCUGGAAUUGCGCUAUGAACUGAGGAUUGGCUCCGUGACGCCCGUAACAUCAACUAUACUCACCGAACUGGAACGAUUUAUUCUGAAAAUGAUGAAGACUCUCAACGAGGUGAUGGAGCGCCAUUCAAUAUCUUUUGCCAGAUUCGUUCCCGUGGCCCUAGAGUUCAGUUUCCAUUAUGUGUUCCACGAAGGCACAGCGUUGAUUUUUGACGCUGGUGACCGGAUGAACUUUAGCACGUUCGCCAUCCAGGCCCUGAACAUGCUGAAGGGCAUUAUGCUAAGCGGCAAUGACACAAUCAGUGCCCCAGCAGAUGGCUUGCCAGGAAUGUCGUUAGAGGAUGAGUUGCUGGCUGGAGCAGCCCAGAGUCAUGCCAAGUUCUUUACGGCGGAGAGAGUGACCUAUAUCUGCGAGAAAAUUGUAACCCACUAUUUUCUUCUAACGCAACAGGAACUGGAGGAGUGGCAGCAGGAUCCAGAAGGCUAUGACCAGGACGAUGGCGGUGGCGAUGCCUGGAAAUAUGCCCUCAGGCCCAGUGUGGAGACUUUGUACUUCACCUGCUUCACGCAGCACUCGCAAGUGAUGGUUCAGGAGGUGUUGCGCUUUGUUCGCCGCGCUCAGCAGCUCCAGCUGACUGCAGACUCAGAUUUAAAGGCCAUCCUGUUGAAGGACGCUAUCUACAACGCGGUGGGUCAAGCUGCCUUUCAUUUUUUUAACAAGCUGGACUUUGGGGCCUGGCUGACCUCGCAACUAUUGGCGGAGCUCCGCAUAGAGGCUCCGAACUUCCGCAUCCUGCGAAGACGAAUCAUUUGGCUUGUCGGAAACUGGGUGGGCGUGCAGCUGCCCCGCGAACUCCGCCCAGUGGCCUAUGAAGCAUGCCUGCAUCUCCUCCGACGCCAGGAGGACAUGCCCACCCGAUUGGCCGCCGCCCGCACCCUGAAUCUUCUGAUCGACGACUUUGAAUUUAUGCCUGAGGCGUUCCAUCCAUACUUUCCCUCCCUUUUCGAGGCUCUCUUUAUGUUACUUCAUGAAGCCGAGGAGUGUGACACCAAAAUCGUGGUGCUGGGCACCAUGACUCUGCUCGUAGAGAAGAUGAGCGAGUAUAUCGAGCCACAGGCUUUGCAGUUCAUUGCCUACCUGCCAAUGCUGUGGCGCGAAAGUGAGGAAUACGAUCUGUUGCGUUGCGCUAUCAUUGGCACACUGGAGCAGCUUGUACGCACCAUCCGAGAUGUCCCAGAACCCAUGAAGCCCUUCCUCUACAGCGUCAUUAAGCUGAGCACAGAUCUUCAGCAACACUCACACGUCUACCUCAUCGAGGAUGGCAUCAUGCUCUGGCUGGCUGUGAUUGGGAACUCCACGGCUCUGACACCCGAGCUAUUGGCUCUGUGUGACCACCUGCUUCCCAUCAUAGAAAUGUCAUCGGAAAACAUGCGUACGGUUCUGCAAUUGAUCCACGCCUACAUACUUCUAGAUGCCCAGGCCUAUCUAAGUCGUUACGGGGAAAGUUUUGUAGCCUUCUGUGUUCGCUCCUUCGAGGACAUACGGGUGGAGGGUAUUAUCGCCAUGCUGCGGAUAUUCGAGACGUGUCUGAAGACGGAUGCGGCGAUGGGACUGCGUCUGGUGCGGCCGGCCCUCCCGUUCGUCUUUCAGCAGGUGUGCCUGAAACAGGAAUAUCCCAUGACUAUGGGCUGGUAUCUAACCAUCGUGGCCCGCACCCUGCUCAUAGACCAGACUGUCUUCAUGUCCGUCGUGCAGGAGUUGACGCAGGCGGAUGCCCUGGCCCGUAUCCUGGACGUAUGGAUUGAGAUGUUCCCCAUGGUCCCGGACACCCAUGCCGAGAAACGAAAGCUUUUCUGCUUGGCCUUUGCAUCGAUCUUUGGCAGCAACGAGCUUCUACUUGCCCGCCUACCGCACAUACUCCAAUUGGUUGACGAAACUCUCGGCGAGGUGAUGGACAAACAGUAUGCCGUCGCAGAGGAGGGAGCCGCUAAGACCACCCCACGCUUCUAUGAUUCUCUGGUCAUUCAUGACGAACACGAGCUGGACGAUCUGCAGCAACAACUGGGAUCCGGCGGCGAGGACUUUCACUCCAAGGGCUAUUCGGCCAAGACUUACCACGACGAUCGCCACCGGCAGCUGGUGUUGAAGGACCCCGUCUACAAGAUACCCCUGACCGAAUACCUCAAGUGGCAGCUGCAGUCGCUGCAAGCACAGUUGGGAGCACAGCGUUAUGAGCAGCUAAUGCGUUCCGUGGUGCCGGAGGUUCUGGAGCGGAUCACCAUGUACAUAGAGCAGACGGUGCCCAAGGCUUGCGUGGUGUGCGCAGGAUCCUCUGGAUCGGGAAAUGGCUUCGAAUACGGUACGGGAGUGCCGUCUGCGGACGACACCCUGGCCGGUGGAUCGGUGGAGUCCGGCUGAUCCCGACUGCUGUGCUUCAAAAGCUUUCUAAUCUUAGGUUAUUAAUGUAUUUUGUAUUGAAAUUAUAUAUUUUUAAUUGUUA